CUCGAAACUUAUGCGCCGAUUUUAUCACCAGGAGCUAAUAGCUGAACAGAGAUCAGAGAUUAUCUUCUGAUUCAUCACUGGAGUCAUGAGGAAACAAUGCAGCUUUAAAUGGGUUCAAAUUUGAACGUUAUCAGGUGGAGCUCUGUUACAAAACACAAACGGUGAUGUUUCCUGCAGACCUGCCAGAUGUGGAUGAAACUCAGCUCACAUCUGCUUCUCGGCUCUACCUGUCCGCUGUGGAGUCAGAACCAGAAACCAGCCGCUGGUUCCACUCAGGACACUCCUCAAAGGUGGAGAUUAAAGCAGCUAAUAUCAGGCAGCUGCAGCUGUUUGAGGAAGUCCAGAAUCCCUGUGUUCUACUGGGGCUUCAUCCACCCGAUGAUCCAACACGAGUGGUGGCCGUUUACCUUUACGACAGGUGGUGGAGUUUGGACGACGCCCUGCGGACGUGCAGUAAAUCCAGGAGCGGUCUGAUGCCGGUGGAGUCUCUGGUGGAGAGGGUGAUGGUGUUUCUGCUCAGCCAGCUGGUGGACAAACCUUCAGCGGGGGAGGAUUUGUUCCGGCUUCAUCCUCCAACUGAGAGCUGCAAACUGCUGUGGGGGGACGGCCGGGCGCUCGGCUUCUACAGCGUCAAACACAAAGGAAGCCUGUGCAACGCCUGGAGCAGCUGCUGUUACCUGCUGCCGGUUCUGGACACUCUGCUGGUCCGGAGCAGCUGCAGGAGGAGAGGAUUCGGCCUCCAGAUGAUCCAGGAUUUCUGCUCCACGUUCCCCACGGAGGCGUUUUUGGGAAUCAGUUCUCCGUUAUCAGCCAGCAUGGUGGCAGUGGUCAGGAGGUUCCUGCAGCAGCAUGAGGAGCAUCGUGAGCGUCUGUAUGAGGUCGAAGCUCCAGGAGGCUGGACUCAACGCCGGAACAUCUGGCUCAACAUCCAGCUGGGACGCUACUCCAUCGGCCCUGAAGAAGAAGAAAGUCCAACAGAAACACGAAAGAACGAAGGCGACGAAUCAGAAACACGAAAGAACGAAGGCGACGAAUCUUCUCAGAAGAGAUCUGGGUCGGACUGGACCUCCCAGAGCUGCCACAGGCCCAGGACAGCGAGCCGAGCUGCAGAACACACCGAUCAGCCGGACCAAACAGUUCCCAAAGGAACCCAGAACCCAGAACCAGCCCUGAAACGUCAGAGGGCGGAGCCAGACAGAACCAAACGAUCCACAUCUGACAGAACCAAACCAUCCACAUCAGACAGAACCAAACGAUCCAUAUCAGACAGAACCAAACCAUCCACAUCAGACAGAACCAAGCGAUCCACAUCCUACAGAACCAAACGAUCCAGAAAAACAUGAGUCAAAGGGUGAAACAGACACACAGUCAGACAGAACCAAAUUAAAACAUUUUUAGGUCUUUCUGUGGAAUUUUUUGGGAUGAUUUUUAGACACUCUGUGGAUUAUUGUUGUCAUUUUAUGUCUUUUUGGGAUGAUUCUCAGGCAUUUUGUGGACUUUGUCGUAAUCUUAUCUUUUUUAGAUGAUUUUCAGGCGUUUUGUUGACUUUUGUGGUAAUUUUAUGUAAUUUUGGGAUAAUUUUCAGGCAUUUUGUGGACUUUUUUUGUCAAACUCAGCUGACCUCUGUUCUCUUUAUAUGUUUGUAUAUGUAGUUGUCAUUUUCUAUGCUGAUAAGCUGUUAUUGUAUACAUGUAAUAAUGUGAAUAAAUUAUUCAUUAAAGUCCCCACAAAUCACACAAUAAAGUGUUUUAUUCUCA